CAUGAAGCGCCAAGCGCAGCUGCCCGGGUCGCCAGCGCGCCGCGACCUGCCCAUCUGUCCCCUGAGGUCACCACCCGCCGCCGCCACCACGCCAUGACCACCCAGCAGAUAGUCCUUCAGGGCCCGGGACCCUGGGGCUUUCGCCUCGUGGGCGGCAAGGACUUCGAGCAGCCUCUCGCCAUUUCCCGGGUCACUCCCGGAAGCAAGGCUGCUGCAGCUGAUUUAUGUAUCGGAGACGUGAUCACAGCCAUCGAUGGGGAAAACACCAGCAGUAUGACACACUUGGAAGCCCAGAACAAAAUCAAGGGCUGCGUAGACAGCAUGACUCUCACGGUGACCAGGUCUGAACAUAAAAUCUGGUCUCCUCUGGUGACAGAGGAAGGGAAGCGGCAUCCGUACAAGAUGAAUUUAGCCUCUGAACCCCAAGAGGUCCUGCAUAUCGGGAGCGCCCACAACCGAAGUGCCAUGCCCUUUACUGCCUCGCCUGCCUCCAGCGCGGCCCCCAGGGUCAUCACGAACCAGUACAACAACCCAGCUGGCCUCUACUCCUCAGAAAACAUCUCCAGCUUCAACAGCGCCUUGGAGGCAAAGUCGGCCGCCAACGGGGAGGAGGCCAACGGCAGAACCUUAGACCAUUCUCAGCCUGCAAGCGGCCUCGUCAUCGACAAAGAAUCUGAAGUUUACAAGAUGCUUCAGGAGAAACAGGAGUUAAAUGAGCCCCCCAAACAGUCCACGUCCUUCCUGGUUUUGCAGGAAAUCUUGGAGUCUGAGGAGAAAGGGGAUCCCAACAAACCAUCAGGAUUCAGAAGCGUUAAAGCUCCCGUCACCAAAGUGGCCGCAUCGAUUGGAAACACUCAGAAGUUGCCCAUGUGUGACAAAUGUGGCACCGGCAUUGUCGGCGUGUUUGUGAAACUGCGGGACCGUCACCGCCACCCUGAGUGCUACGUGUGCACUGACUGUGGCACCAACCUGAAACAGAAGGGCCAUUUCUUUGUGGAGGACCUGAUCUACUGUGAAAAGCAUGCCCGGGAGCGGGUCACACCACCUGAGGGCUACGACGUGGUCACCGUGUUCCCCAAGUGACCCAGCAGAUCGGCU